GUGCCAUCAUCACGUGUGCUCUAGCAAAUGGGCCAGUAGAAAAAUCUAAUCAUGGCCGAAAAGCCAGCCGCCUCGGGACGACGACGAGAUGCUGCGUGCCGAGCGAGCAAACCAAAUGGCGAACCGGGCCCCGGAUGCCAGCCUCGAUCAGACGGCGAUCCCACUUGCCAAGCUGUACGCCUAUCACCAUGUGUGCGCUCGCUCGCUCCGCACCGCACUACCGUCCGCGAGGUCACCAACCUCGCGAACCGUAGUUAAUUAGCAGCUCGUGGCCUGUGACAGGUUGGCAGUUUAUCGUCACUAGGCUUGCCUUGCGAAACCACCUAGUAGCAAGCAAGCUAGCUCAGUUCAUCAGGGUGGUGCUCUGCUCCCGCGGCCAUGGCGAUGCGACGGGUGGCGGCGGCGGCGGCGGCGCUGUUGGCCUGCGUCCUGCUGGUGUCGCCGGUGCGCGGGCGCAACAUCACGGCCAUCCUCGACGGGUACAAGGAGUACAAGCUGUACAACAAGUACCUGUCGGAGACCAAGGUGUGCGACGAGAUCAACUCGCGGCAGUCGACGUCCAUGACCAUCCUCGUGCUCUCCAACGACGCCAUGACCACGCUCGCCUCCGACGCCGGCGACUCGCUCCCCGCCAUCAAGAACGCGCUCCGCCUCCACUCGGUGCUCGACUACUACGACCGCAAGAAGGUCAAGAAGUACGGCGACGAGAGCGCCGCCACGCUGUACCAAGCCACCGGCGACGCCGCCAGCACCACGGGGAACGUCAAGGUCGUCGACCAGGAGGACAAGAACUACGGCUUCUCCGCCGCCACGCCCGGCGCCAGGAUCUGCACCGUCACCAAGGAGGUGGAGACCCACCCCUUCAAGUUCGCCAUCCUCGAGGUCACGGCGCCCAUCGAGUUCGACGGCCUCUUCGACACCCCGUCCACGGCCAACCUCACGCGCCUCCUGGAGCGGGCCGGCUGCAAGGUGUUCGCCUCGCUCGCCGCCCGCUCCGGCGUGCUCAAGACCUACGAGGCGGCCAUGGGCAAGGGGCUCACCCUGUUCGCGCCCAACGACGACGCGUUCCAGGCCAAGGACGCGCCCGACGUCAAGACCAUGUCCAGCGCCAACCUCACCAAGCUCCUCCAGUACAACGCGCUGCCGUCCUACAACACCAAGACGUCGCUCAAGUUCGUCAAGGGCACGCUCCGCACGCUGGCCACCACCAAGGCCGGCGUCACGGUCGUCGCUAAGGGCGACGACGUCUCCCUCGACACCGGCAAGAGCAAGUCCCGCGUCGCGGACACGGUCGUCGACAGCGUGCCCUUCUGCCUGCUCACCGUGGACAGCCUCCUCGUGCCGCCGGAGCUCUACGUCGGCGCACCGGAGGCCGCCCCGGCGCCGGCGCCCGCGGAGGCGCCACAGGGCUCCCCGUCGGUGGCCGCGGACCACGCGGCGGACCACAAGACCAAGAAGCCGUCGUCCUCUGACGCCUCGCAGACGAUCGGCGCGCUCGCCGCCGCGUGCUCCGUCGUGCUGCCCUCCCUGUUGCUGUUGUUGUGAUGGAGCUGAACGCGGGCAGCACAUUCAGAUUCAGUCCUGCCUGACAGCUCGCAAUACUCCGUUUUCCCUGUGAUCUUUUCCUCCGUCGUAUGCUCGGCCGUUCGUUGAUUGAAUUUGUUGCUGCAUUGCGAUCCCUCUGUGUAAUUUGAGCAAGCACUGUAAAUUGCUUUUUUUUUUCGUGAUGCCUAGUUUCAGAACACAUUCACCGGUUGCAGAGCAGCAGUGUGCCAUUUUUCGCACGCCGUCCAGCA